UCCUGGUGUGUUUUCACAUGCAAUUGAGUUAAUCCAGCACAAGGAGUAUUAAUUUGUCAGGCAGCUGGUGCUCUGCAGUACUUGGGGCUUCGGCUGUUCUGUAGGACAAGAAUUUUGCUACUGCCUUUAAAUGAUGAAGUUACCUUGUCGAGCAGCAGAAGUAGCAACCCAGGGAUUACCCUUCCCUGCCUUCCUCUUCUUCCCCACACCUCCCAUCCUCCAUAUUGACUCGUUGCUUUUCUUUAAAAACCUCGUACUUGAUCGGGUUUCCUUCUCAAGGUGGUUUUCUCAUCUUCCUUUGAUGACCUGAAAUUUUCCCAGGCUCGUAGCGUGCAAUUUUGUUGGCGUUAAAUGAACCUUUUCUCAACGGCUUGCCUACAAAAAGCAGUGCCAGAACUGAGCUCCUGUGCUAACAUGCCCAUCUGAAGCAAGAAUGCAGUCCAGAUGCCCAAAAUAUUAGGGUCAGCGAUGCAUCUGGAUUCCCCUAGAGCUAGUCGAGGAGGCGACGCCGCGUAUUUCUGAAACGCAGAGAUUUGUGAGGAAUGUGGUGCUGGUAUGUCACUUGAGCGUAGGAAAGCCACCUGUGUUUGAUUAAGGUGCAGUCCUGCUUCCAGGACUAGCUGGGUAUUCUUUCCAAAUAAUUUUCACAAGCCUUAAAUUCCUGUUCGGGAUGAGAAUUUCCUAGAUUUACAGCGAGAUAAAAGCUGUGUUGCCUCAGUAUCACCUGGUGCGUGUGCUGUGUGAUACCUGAGUAUGGAUCUCUUGGAUGUGGGGACUGCCACAUACCAGGGUCUGGUAAAACCACCGGUCUUGGGUAAUGGGAUUAUGUUUUAGAGGAGCAUCAGCUGUAUCACUGAUGCUGAGUUCUGGAUGUACGGUUUUGGAUGUUCUGUAACUGUCAUUUUUAGCCUGUGCCUGGUUCGAGCCCAGUUCUGCGCUCUUGGAAGUCUCCAAGAGCUUUGCUGUUGAUUCUGCUGAAAAAAAAGAGGUGUUAGUACAGGAAUGGUGCAGUGGUUUGUAAUCUUAAAGUGUUUAUUUCCAGUGAUACUCGCUUAUUUUUUUCUCCUCUGUUUCAGCCAAACAAACUUGUUUACCUUGGAGCUACAAAUAGUGGUGAUUUGAGAUUUGAGCUCGUCCCCCGCUGCUCCCGCGCAAGCAAGGACCAGAAAAAUGAAUAUCCAGGGGAAAGGCUUCCCCUUGGACCUCGGAGGAAGCUUCACUGAAGAUGCUCCAAGACCACCAGUUCCUGGUGAGGAGGGGGAACUCGUGUCCACGGAUCCAAGGCCAGUUAGCCAUGGUUUCUACUCCGGUAAAAGUGACGUGGUUAGAAAUGAGAUGUCCACAGCAACACCGAGGCGCUCCGAUUUGGAUUUGGGGUACGAGCCCGAGGGGAGUGCUUCGCCAACUCCACCCUACCUGAAGUGGGCCGAGUCGCUGCACUCCUUGCUGGAUGAUCAAGAUGGAAUCAACCUCUUCAGGACUUUCCUGAAACAGGAGGACUGUGCAGAUCUGCUGGACUUCUGGUUUGCCUGCAGCGGCUUCAGGAAGCUGGAGCCGUGUGUGUCUAACGAGGAAAAAAGACUCAAGCUGGCAAAAGCCAUUUACAAAAAAUACAUCCUCGACAACAAUGGCAUUGUGUCCCGGCAGAUCAAACCAGCCACAAAGAGCUUCAUCAAAGACUGUGUCGUGAAACUGCAGAUUGACCCCGACAUGUUUGACCAGGCCCAAACGGAGAUUCAGUGCAUGAUAGAAGACAAUACCUACCCUUUGUUCCUUAAGUCAGAUAUUUAUUUGGAGUACACAAGGACAGGUGGGGAAAGUCCAAAAAUUUAUAGCGAUCCGAGCUCAGGGUCUGGGACAGGUAAAGGACUACCUGGUUAUCUGCCGACUCUGAACGAGGACGAGGAGUGGAAGUGUGACCAAGAGGCCAAGCCCGAGGCCAGCCGGGACUCGGCGCCUUCCAGCAGGCUCACGCAGAAGCUGCUCCUGGAGACGGCCACGCAACGCGCGGCCUCGGCUCGGCGCUACAGCGAGGGCAGGGAGUUCAGACAUGGGUCGUGGAGAGAGCCUGUUAACCCUUACUAUGUCAACACGGGCUACGCUUUGGCCCCGGCGACCAGUGCCAACGACAGCGAGCAGCAGAGCAUGUCCAGCGACGCCGACACCAUGUCGCUGACAGACAGCAGCGUAGAUGGGAUCCCACCGUACAGACUCCGAAAGCAGCAUCGCAGAGAGAUGCAAGAAAGUGCCAAAGCAAAUGGACGCGUGCCACUACCUCACAUUCCUCGUACGUACCGAAUGCCAAAGGAUAUCCAUGUGGAACCAGAGAAGUUUGCUGCAGAACUGAUCAAUCGUCUGGAGGAAGUACAGAAGGAACGUGAAGCGGAGGAGAAAUUAGAGGAGCGCCUGAAACGCGUUCGAGCGGAGGAAGAAGGUGAGGAUGCAGAUAUCUCUUCUGGUCCCUCGGUCAUUAGCCACAAGAUGCCUUCCGCCCAAGCCUUCCAUCACUUUGCUCCUCGCUACGCUGAGAUGGGCUGUGCUGGGGUGCAGAUGAGAGAUGCCCACGAGGAAAACCCCGAAAGCAUCCUGGAUGAACACGUCCAGCGUGUGAUGAAAACACCAGGCUGCCAGUCCCCAGGGCCCGGCCGUCACUCUCCUAAACCACGGUCCCCGGAGAGCGGCCACUUAGGAAAGGUGUCAGGGACACUGGGAACAAUUCCUCCGGGGCAUGGCAAGCACGCAACAAAAUCAGGAAUGAAGCAGGAUGCAGCUAACUUGUACCACCAUAAACAUGUCUACCACCACAUCCAUCACCACAGCAUGAUGAAACCAAAAGAGCAGAUCGAGGCCGAGGCCACGCAGCGAGUGCAGAACAGCUUUGCUUGGAAUGUAGAUUCACAUAACUAUGCAACAAAGUCAAGAAACUACAGUGAAAACUUGGGCAUGGCCCCUGUCCCCAUGGACUCUUUAGGCUACAGUGGGAAAGCGAGUCUGCUCUCCAAAAGGAAUGUUAAGAAGACUGAUUCAGGGAAAAGUGAUGGUGCCAACUAUGAGAUGCCAGGAUCUCCUGAAGACGUGGAGAGAAACCAGAAGAUCCUUCAGUGGAUCAUAGAAGGAGAGAAGGAGAUCAGCAGGCAUAAGAAAACAAACCAUGGCUCUUCAGGUGCUAAGAAGCAGCUGUCCCACGACAUGGUCCGGCCCCUCUCCAUCGAGCGACCCGUCGCGGUGCAUCCGUGGGUCAGUGCCCAGCUCCGGAACGUCGUCCAGCCUUCUCACCCCUUCAUCCAAGAUCCUACCAUGCCGCCCAACCCGGCCCCCAACCCUCUCACCCAGCUGGAAGAAGCUCGCAGGAGGUUGGAGGAAGAGGAAAAAAGGGCUGGAAAACUCCCCCUUAAACAAAGGUUGAAGCCCCAGAAGAGGCCGGGCAGCGGCGCGUCCCAGCCGUGCGAGAACAUCGUGGUCGCUUAUUACUUCUGUGGAGAGCCCAUCCCCUACCGCACCCUGGUCAAGGGGCGCGUGGUCACCCUGGGACAGUUCAAGGAGCUGCUGACCAAGAAAGGGAACUACAGGUAUUACUUUAAGAAGGUGAGUGACGAGUUCGACUGUGGUGUGGUCUUCGAGGAGGUGCGGGAGGACGACACCAUCCUGCCCAUCUUCGAGGAGAAGAUCAUUGGGAAGGUGGAGAAGAUUGACUAAGGCUCCAGGGCAGCUGAGGCACGAGGACAGGACUGUGAAGGACUCUGGGACCGGAGGAGAAGGCCUGGGGCAGACACUGGUGGUGCUGCUGCCCGCCACGGGCACCGGGCGAGCCCAGGGCGGAGAGCGGCAGCCCCGCUCUCCAGCACGGACCUGGGCAAGCUCCAGGAUGCCAGUGGAUGCCGUUUCACCCCAUGAACCUGCCAGUGGGAGCCUGGGCUCCCUCUCCAUACCGAAUAUAAGUGUAAUGUAGCAUUGUACAGUGCAUUAGAAAGUGUAAUAUGACCUUGUUUACUAAAGCUGCAUAUUUUUGAUAUAUUGUAAUAAAAGGAAAAUAUUUCCAAUGUCA